CUCUAUAAAUCCAAUCUAGGCCUCUCUCCAUCUUCUUCUUAUAACUUGUUUCUUCUCCUCUAUCAAAUCAGAUCAAAACUUGUGUUUCUUGCUCCCAAAAUAUUGGAUAAAUAUUCUCAUAAAUAUGAGUUGCAAUGGAUGUAGAGUUCUUCGAAAAGGUUGCAGCGAAACAUGCAUCCUUCGUCCUUGCCUUCAAUGGAUCGAAUCCGCCGAGUCACAAGGCCACGCUACCGUCUUCGUGGCUAAAUUCUUUGGCCGUGCCGGUCUAAUGUCAUUCAUCUCCGCCGUACCCGAACCAAACCGCCCUGCUUUGUUUCAGUCGUUGUUGUUUGAAGCGUGUGGGAGGACGGUGAAUCCGGUUAACGGAGCGGUUGGUAUGUUAUGGACCGGGAACUGGCACGUGUGCCAAGCGGCGGUUGAAACUGUUCUUCGCGGCGGAACGUUACGACCUAUCUCAGAUCUACACGAAUCUCCUUCGUUGAACUCCUCAGAUGAGUCUACCGAGAUCUGGCGGAUGCAGUGUCCAGAGGGUUCCAGGAAAGAAUCUUUGGUCAACCGUAAACGAUCUAAGACCGAGCGGUCUGAUCCGGAACUGAACCACGGGUUAGCUCUAACCGGUCCGGUUGUCCCGGCUCCUUUUCUUCCACCGCCGCCGUUUAGCAAGGCGGUUAAUGGGGAUCAUCCGGGAAGUCCAUCAGAGGAGUCUGUAACGACGACGUCGUGUUAUGAAUAUGGAAUCAGCGGCGAUGGAUACGGAAACAAAAGAGAGAGAAAGUUAUUAAACCUUUUUGUUUAAAACCGACGACGCAAACUCUUCGCACUCAGUUUUUUUCGACGGUCCUUUUUAGGGCUUUUUUUUCGGGGUAAAGCCGCAUAAUUAUUGGCUAACAUAAUUAUUUUCUCUAUCGAGAAAUAUGAUAAUUUUGGUGAUAUAAUACUUUGCGGAUGAUGAGUAUUAUAAGUUUGCUACUUAGCUAGCUACACAUACAAUAUAAUGGUUCCAACUUCCAA